AUGAGCGACCUAUUUAGGCUGACCAAGGCCUCACUCCUCACCAGCGCUACUGAUCUAACGUCCCAAAAGCUCAACCAGGGACUCCACGACUUCCUGGAACGCACCGCGCCAGGCUUCAAAUUCUUUACAACUUGGCUGAAACUCGACAUCGCCACCAUUCUCGUCUUAAUAACACUUGGAGGGGAAUUGCCAAGAGCGUUGACAAGCAUUCAAAAGUUGGGGACGCAGCUCUACUGGUGGAUAACGCGUUUCUUCACCGCUUCCAUCUCCAUCGGGAGCAACGACAAGCUCAACAGAGAAGUGCUCAACUGGCUGGGUGCACACGUUCUCACCCGACAAGGCACUCGCAUUUUGACCGCUCGGACUGAGGUGAUCCAGAACGAGGCAUGGUACUAUCGGAAGCCUAUCGAGCGGGACGACCUCCACCAUGAGAAGAGAGUCCCUGUGCAGUAUCUGCCGACCUUUGGUACCACCUGGUUCGUAUAUGAGGGAGGAUUCUUCAUGGUGCGGCGAGUCUCUAAUGUCCGCGCCGGCUCUGCAUAUACCGGCGUUCCCGACGAAUAUUCUGCCGCCCCGGAAGGCAAUGAGCCUCUCGUCGUGAUGCGGUUGGGACGCGCCAUCCAGCCUGUCAAAGAUUUUCUGAAUAACUGUCGGCUCUUUGCAGAUAAGCAGCGCGAGGCUUUCAUCACGGUGAGAGCGACAAAGAAUCAGUACAAUCAUCAGAACUGGGACACCACUAUUCUCCGACCGAUCCGGCCACUGGAAACCGUACACUUUGAUGACAAGACGAAGAGAGAGCUUAUUGAUGACAUAGAGACCUAUCUCAAUCAAAAUACCAGGAAAUUUUAUACGGAGAGAGGGAUUCCUUACCGGAGAGGGUAUCUCUUUUACGGACCACCCGGUACGGGCAAGACGUCACUGUCUCUUGCACUCGCAAGCUACUUCAACCUGGAGCUUUACCUGCUCCAUAUCCCCAGCAUUCGAGAAGACAACGACUUGGAGAACCUCUUCACUGCGCUGCCGCCAAAAUGCAUCAUUCUGCUGGAGGAUAUUGACGCCAUUGGAAUCCAGCGGCGUAAGAAGUUCGACCCCGAUGAUUCGUCGUCAGAUGACGGCGACAGCAGCGAUGGAAGCAGCACAAGACCUUUUGAACGAUGCCGGUGCACUUUGUCCGGCCUUUUGAACGUCCUAGACGGAGUUGCGUCCCAAGAAGGCCGCAUCGUCCUGAUGACGUCCAAUGUGGCUCAUAAGCUUGACAGGGCCCUCGUGAGACCCGGCCGCAUCGACAGAAUGAUCUAUCUGGGGAACAUCUCAAAGGGAAGUGCGAAAGGUAUGUUUGAGCGGAUGUAUCGACCACACCUGUCAACCGAGACCGCUGCCACGGACAAAGGCGGUGAGGCUCUGAGGGAGCAGAAUUUGGCAUUCAACAAAUUGGCAGAGGGAUUCAGUUGUCAAGUACCAAAUAACGUAUUCACCCCAGCACAAUUGCAAGGAUUCUUGCUUAAUUACCGAAAUGCUCCAGAAAUGGCCGUCAAAAGCAUUGCAGGUUGGAUUGUGGAAGAGAAGGCCGCGAUGGACGAAGCACAACGACGGAAGAAGGCGGCAAGUGAGCGAAAAGCGAAGAAGAAGAAAGCUCUCAAGAUGAAAGCGCUCAAGGCACUCGCUUCGGACUCGGACAGCGAGGGAGCCAAGGAGGAAGCUGAUGCAAAAGAAAUUAAGAAGGCCAAAAGGGCCGUGGAAAAGAAGGCCGAGGGCGCUAGCGAUAACUCCCAAAAGCUUCCGGUCGGCGCGAAGGAAGGAGGCAAGUCACUUGAGGAAGCGGAAUCGCAAGUAAAAGGGAAAGAAUCACACUUUGUGGCCCUCAACACUCCAGUCCUUACCAGUCAUCAACGCUCGUUGAAACCAAACCUUGUCUUCCUCAUCGCCUUGAAAGACGUGGGUCAGUUUGAGCUCAUCAAAUCAAGACUCUCCCUAUUAUUUUACAUCAUGCUCUCUCCACUGAUUUCAACGCUUGCGGGGCCUAUUCUGCUCUUGGGCGCUUUACCCAGCGUAAUCGCUGAGCUUGACAUCAGCAGCCCGAACAGCAUCAAGGAGUCCUCACGCUCGCUCGCCAAGGAUUUAAUGACUUUCUACAAAGGCGAUGAGCCGGGAAACACUCCGGGAAUCUUGUCAUGGUCGUCCGAGGACAAGAACGGAUACUGGUGGUACCUAAGUGGCAGCUUCUUCGCCACAUAUCUCGACUACUGGCACUUGACAGGGGAUGAUUCUUAUGCGGCUACAAUCAGCAAGGCGUUGCAGUUCCAGGUUGGGCCAAACAACGAUUACAUGCCUCCGAAUCAGACAGCCAAUCUUGGCAACGAAGAUCAGUGUUUCUGGGGCACUGCCGCCCUGCUGGCUGCGGAAUAUGGAUUCCCUGAGAUGGACGGGAAACCCAAGUGGAUUGAUCUUGCGGAGAAUGUAUGGAGGACUCAAGCAUCGCCUGAUCGCUAUGAUGAUACUUGCAACGGCGGCCUCCGCUGGCAGAUUUCUGCAUCGAAUGCUGGAUACGAUUGGAAGCACAGCGCGGCAUUCAUGUACAACAUCACCAACGGCUCCGACGUCUGGCGCGAUCGUGCCCUUGGACUGUCUGACACUCUUUUGGAAGACUUCUUCCCUAAGGGGAUUUUGUUUGAAGCGGCUUGCGAAGGAAAUAAAGGUCGCUGUCCCACCGAUGCCCUCUUCUACAAAGGAUUCGUGCACCGGUGGCUCUCUUCAGCCACUCAACUUGCCCCUUUCUUGGCAGACAAGUGGCUUCCGGUUUUGAAAACUUCUGCUGCAGCUGCGGUCAAGCAGUGUGUGGCUGGAACUUCAGAAGUCAGCAAUCGCUGCGGCUUCUAUUGGAGCACUGGCACAUUCGUCGACCCUCAGACGGCCGACAAGACCACUGGUCUUGGGGAGGGCUUGAGUGUACUCGCUGCGGUGUCAAAUCUACUGAUUACGGAUUCCAAGGCUCCAAUCGUUGAGGCCUCAGGAAGUGACGGAAGCUCUGGCAACUCUCCAAGUAGCACAGCGGCGGGAUCUUUGCCGGCUUCGACACCGACUUCGACGACUAGGCCGAAGUCAGGAGUUGGACAUCUUUGCGUCCAUCUCAACAUGUCUUUCGUCCUCGGCUCCCUUGUGGUUCUGGCGCUGAAUCUCUGA